AUCAAGAGAUAAUGAAAUGAAGCACUACAAGUCGGGCGCACCUACGGCGGAUCAAUCCACCAGAUAUCCAGUGAUUAUUAAAUCGGUUCCAAUUUCGCUGCAAUGAACACAAUCGCCGUCAUCUCUUUUCUUUCAUUAUUUUGCAUCGUAUCGAGCUACCCGGAGACCUGUUAUUAUUGUCCUUUAUCGGAAAAUUGCACCAGCCCUAUAGUCCGAAAAUGCGGCUCCAGCAUGUCCGAGGGAGCCGUUGGUCAAAUCGCGAACAUAACUUCUGGGACUGGAGGUGUGGGAGUCGCAUGCCUGACGGUAACUGCGGAAGGAAACAACAAGGACCGUACACUAAAAUCGUGUUCCUACAAGCAAUACAACGGUGAAGAUAUUUGCCGAUUCUAUCAAAGUAACGCGAAAAUUAAGAGCUGCAAAUCGUGCGAUGAGAGUAAUUGUAAUAGCUCCAGUUCUGUUCAACUCUCCCUUUUCUCGUUCAUAUGUCUUUAUGUAAUCAUAAUUGUAAAAUAAUAUUGGACUUAAUAAAAGCUUACUAAAUGUGAUCCUAAGC